GAUUCUAGUUCACAGGGAAAGAGAGGCUAGUAAAAGCUGGCUCAAAAAACAGUUCCAAAUCCCCCUAACUAUGUAAAAGAAAGAGGGGGAAGGAAGGUUGUCCUUAGACAACCAAAAAAAAUUUCCUUCUUACCCCCAAAAGAAAAUAACUUUUAGUGAACAAGUUUUUAGCAUGAGUCUCCUGACACCUGGAUUCGGACACAACAAACAACUCAACCCCAUAUGCCUCCAAUUGCGGGAUUGUUUUUCCUGUUGGAAAACAUAUCUAGGAAGAGAAAAACAAUAAAAGGGUAGAUAUGGAUACUCACACUGAACAUUCAACGAUGGGCCCUCAGGAUACUGUUUGAGCUGCCUCCAGUACAUCCCUCCUGGAAGGUUGCUUUAUUCCCAGUUAAACCUGUGGAGAAGAAUCAGUCAACUUCAGGCUAGCAUAUGGAGGACUAUCUAAGUCCCUGGGAUAAGAUAGGACUUACCAAGAGGAGAUGCUGUAUCCAGAGGAUAAAGAACAUCAUGAUGAGAGGACUGGAAGCUAUAUAAGGAUCGGUUGGAGAAAGUAGGAAUAUUUAACCUAGAAGAAGAUUUGCUGACAUACAUUUAAGAUCUUCAAGUAUCUGAAUAUUUGUCAUACAAGGGAGAGAUUCAAUUUACCCUGCUUAAUCCUAGAGGACAGAACUAAAACUAAUGGAUGGAAGUUAUAAAGAGAGGAUGAUACUGAGACUACAGGAGGUCAAAUAGCUUGUCCACGCAAGUAAUGUCAGAGGGUGUUUCCACUCCACUGGGAAGCCUGAGGAAAGAAGGGCCACUCUCUAAGAAGUGAUUAUUGUUUGUGGCUGUUUUUGGUGUGUCAUUUACUACUUCCCUAAAACCAAAGGGUAUAAUUCAUAUCAGCUUUGGAAAGAUGCUUCUCUAGUAUGACGACCCUUAGCAAUGUCAUCGCCACCCACAAGUCUGAGUGGGUUUCUUUCAAUGAAGAAUCACUCUUUCCUGUUCCCUCAGAAGGUGGCUCUGAGAACCUUCUUACAGAGCCGUCUUCUUCCUCAGACAGGUCAGAGAGUUCCUCUGGAGAGAACCAGACAGUGGAUGGAGAAUCUCAGGACUUCUCUCAGUCAGAACAGGGUGAUAGUUCAGAGAAAUUGGGCCUCAUCUCAGAUCCUCCAUCUCCAUCUGAAAACCUUGUACAGCCCAAACCUGACUUGGCCUCCGCCAUUAGCAGCUGGGUCCAAUUUGAAGAAGAUACACCAUGGACCAGUACUUUGCCAGCUCACAAAGAAACAGCCCCACCGCUAACCACGUCCUGCUGGACAUGUCCCUCCUUUGACUCCUUGGGAAGAUGCCCCCUGGCUUCUGAGAGCAGCUGGACUACUCAUUCUGAGGACACUAGUAGCCCAAGUAUUGGCCCGUCCUAUACAGACAUGCAGGCUCUUGAUGCUGAGGAGCAGACAAGUGGAGGGGCCUCGGGAGCUGAUUCUGCUGAUAAUUCUUCCUCUCUCCAGGAAGAUGAAGAAGUAGAGAUGGAAACCAUCAGCUGGAACACUAGUGGCCCAGCCAUGAAUGGGCAUUCUGCUACUCCGGUGACCACAGCUCGAUUCCCCAGCUGGGUGACUUUUGACGACAAUGAAAUUAGCUGCACUCUGCCACAAAGCACUUCUACCUUAAAGCCAGACCCAAUAUCCACUGUACCUCUUUUCCAAGAUGUGAAUUAUAAUUUAACUGAAUCCUUUAAGAAGAGAGAACGUCCCAAGAGUAACUUGGUAGACUUCUCAAAAGUUCAGAAACUAGAGAUUUCCUCCUUAAACCAGUCACCUUCUGUAAGUGAACCCCCACCUUGGAGGGCAACCAACCCUUUUUUGAAUGAAACCUUGAAGGAUGUGCAGCCAUCUCCCAUUAACCCUUUCAGUGCCUUCUUUGAGGAGCAAGAAAGGCGUUCCCACAAUAAUUCCAUCUCUAGAACCACAGGAAAAAGCCAGAGAGAUUCCCUCAUUGUCAUAUAUCAGAAGUCAGAUGCCAUCACUUUUGAUGACUCAGUUAAGAAAAGAACACAUUCUGAUGCCGUCGAGAAACUCAAACAACUACAGAUUGGGGAUCCUGAUCACCUUGGUAGCAUCACUCUGCCUGAUGAUGAUCCAGCAUCACAGGGUGGGCCAGAUGAUGAUUUGAAAAGCUCAGCCCCAUCUCAGUCCAGAAAUGGUUGGCCCAUGAUGCUAAGGAUCCCUGAAAAGAAAAACAUCAUGUCUUCUAGACACUGGGGACCAAUUUACAUAAAGCUCACAGAUAGUGGCUGCCUACAAUUGUAUUAUGAGAAGGGCCUAGAGAAACCAUUCCGAGAGUUCAAAUUGGAGAUCAGCCAUGAGAUUUCAGAACCUAAGCUCCAGAACUAUGAUGAAAAUGGGAGGAUCCAUAGCUUGCGAAUAGACCGUGUUACAUAUAAAGAAAAGAAGAAAUACCAACCUAAACCAUCUGUGACUCAUAUGGCUGAGCGAGAGCAAGUAAUUAAGCUAGGAACCACCAGCUAUGAAGACUUUUUGAGUUUCAUCAGGGCAAUUCAGGACCACCUUAUGAAUUUGCCAGUGACAUUCAUGGACUUAAGCACAGUGGGUUUGAACUAUCUAGAGGAGGAGAUUACAGUAGAUGUCAAAGAUGAGUUCUCUGGAGUCUUAAGGAAAGGAGACAACCAAAUUCUUUGCCACCAAGUCCUAACCCAUGUUUAUGUGCUAAGUUUUCUCUCUGGACUUGCAGAGUGCCACUUGGGCCUCAAUGACAUCCUUGUGAAAGGUAAUGAAGUGGUAUCCCGGCAGGAUAUCAUGCCUACCACCACCACCAAGUGGAUCAAACUCCAUAGCUGCCGAUUCCAUGGCUGUGUUGAUGAGGAGGUAUUCAAUAGCUCCCGAAUCAUCCUGUUCAACCCCUUAGAUGCAUGCCGCUUUGAGCUAAUGCGAUUUAGGACAGUUUUUGCUGAGAAGACAUUGCCUUUCACCCUCAGGACUGCAGCAAGCAUCAAUGGGGCAGAAGUGGAGCUACAGAGUUGGCUAAGGAUGUCAACAGGCUUCUCCUCUAAUUGUGACCCUCUCACCCAGGUUCCCUGUGAGAAUGUGAUGAUCCGGUACCCAGUGCCCAAUGAGUGGGUGAAAAAUUUCCGAAGGGAAAGUGUUUUAGGGGAGAAAUCUUUAAAAGCCAAAGUGAACAAGGGGGCCAGUUUUGGAUCAAGUAUUUCUGGCUCUGAGCCAGUCAUGAGAGUAACUUUAGGUACUGCCAAAUAUGAGCAUGCUUUCAACUCCAUUGUGUGGAGGAUAAAUCGAUUACCUGACAAAAACUCAGCUUCUGGCCACCCUCACUGCUUCUUCUGCCACCUUGAACUUGGUUCUGACCGGGAAGUGCCUUCCAGAUUUUCCCAUCAUGUAAAUGUUGAAUUCAGCAUGCCAACCACCUCUGCCUCCAAAGCCACUGUCAGGUCCAUCUCUGUGGAGGACAAGAUUGAUGUCAGGAAAUGGGUGAACUAUUCUGCACACUACAGCUACAAGGUGGAAAUUGAACAGAAACAGAAUUUGAAAUCAGAGGCCGAGGGAAAUGAAAUUGAAAAUCCCAAGGAUUGUGGGGUACAGUGAACAAGAUACAUUGCACCAGAGCAAUGAUGGUUUUGCAUCCUUCCUAAUAGAAGUACAAGUCAGUACUUUACCACAACCACUCCUCAGUGUGGCAGUGUCUUGGAAUUUCCUGCUCACAACUUCCUGGAUUUAGACAGGAAACUGAAUGGUGGUGGUUGGUUGGCAGGUCUGGCUGGUUGGCUUUAGAUAAUGCAUUGAACAUGUAGUUCAAAUGACUUUGGGGGCUGCCUUUCUCCCUGCCUUUUCUCUGCUUGCCUUUCAGAAGUGAUGUGUGGUAUAUAGAAUGUGUUAGGCAUAAGAUGACUCCUUCCAUCACAGGGUUGGAAUAUUUCCCCAUGGUAUUCUUCCAUCACUUGUGUGGAUUUCCUUUUUUUUUUUUAAAGACAUAUGUGCUGGGGAAGAGAUCAGUUGGGGAACACAGUUCCUGAAGGAUAAAUUCACCAAAUACCAAUUUCCCCAUCUCUUAAAUUUAGGGAAAGUUAAAAGCUAUAAAUCCAAUAUGGCUUCCCUCCUUUGGGUCCCUUUGGUGUUUCCCCUCACACUUUAAAUAUGAACACUAAGCAACACAAGAUUUCAGAAACAUUUUUAUUCUUCACCUUAGAAACACUUUAUCCUUCUAAGAUUUCAAUUUCAUAAACUUGCCCUUACAAGGUUGUUCACACUGGGUCAUGGUAGGAAUUAGAUACAAAGGCCCAGGAGAGUACCUUUUUAAAGAUUAAAUCAGCAGCCCUGUGCCAGGGAAUCUUUUGAAAAGAAAGAAAGUUUAUUUGAAUAAAGUCUUUUUCAGCCUAGGGCAUUAGUCACCAGUUUAUAUUCAAGUCAUGAGAGAGGAACACUUUCGUUCUGAGUAUGAAGCAAGUACUGUUUGUAUUUAGGAGAACCUUGAAAACAAAAACAACAAAAACUUUCCUUUAUACUUCAGAGUAGAUAUACAAGUACUCCUUUGCACCUACAUUUCACUUGAAAACAGCUUUUUAAAAAUAAUCUUAAAACAUUUUAAAAUUUUAGCUUGCAUGAGCUUGCCCAAAACAUCAGUAACAUGAUGAGGUUGAUAUUUGCUUAUUUCUUUCUAACAAUCUCAUUGUAGCACAAACCUCAGUCUUAUAGAGUGAAGUAGUGUUUUUGUUUUUGAAUGUAGGCUCCUGGUUGUGAGAACAUUUGGACACUAUAUUUGGAACACUACCUUUUCUCUGCACUUCCCUUGCCCUUAGCCACAUUUGGUGCCACUGCCUUCACCUCCCCCCAUCUCGCAGAGUUUUGGCCUGUCAAAAGCAUAAUUGAAUUUUCCUUCCUCUGGGUUGAGAAGGUUGCACCUACUUGGACUUUUCCAUGUGCAAUCUCUUUCUGUAAUGAAGACAUGCGCAAUCUGUUAGCAAGUGUGUGGAUGGCACAAAACUCUUCAAGAUCAGCAGAGCACUGAACAAAUCAGAAUCAGAUUUCUUUUUUCUUUAAAUUAUUAUUUUUUAAAAUUUUAUCUUUAUUUUAUUCCAGUAUAAAAUUUACUCAUAAGUUUUCCAUAGUUCCAGAAUCAGAUUUCUAAAAGAUUGACAAGCUGAAAAAAAUGAAACAAAAUUAACUAAAUAUAAGUAAAACCCGUGUUUUAAAAAAAAUCACAAGAAAAGAAAAACUAUAUUUCAUCCAAUAGCAAUCCAUGUUGGAGAAAAAAUAAAUUUAGAUUUAGGUCAUUGUAAGAUUAGUAUGAAUCAACAGUGGGUGAUAUGGAUGCUUUAAAAAGCUAACACAAUUUUAGACAACAUUAAUAGAGGGUAUUCUGUCCAGAAAAGAGGAAGAAAUAAGCCCACUCUCUUCCACUGCUUAGACCACACCUGGAAUAUCCUGUUUAAUUCUGAGCACUACACUUUAUAAAUUCAAGUAUGCCCACAAGGGGGCAACCAGAGUGAUGCAGGGCAUGGGAACUAUGCCAUCUGAUGAUCAUUUGAAGGAACUGAGAAUGUUGAACCUGGAAAAAGAAAUGAAACCAGAUUUUUGAAGGGCUGUCAUGCAGAAGAGUGACUGGGUUCUUUUCUGUUUGACCCUAUGGAGUAGAACAGAAAGUUCUUAAAAUAUCUCUGUUCUUUCUUGGAUUUUUCUUUAUAGGUAGAAAGUCCUAAUUGUGCCAUUUGCUUAGGAAAAAAGAAAAAGACCUUUACCAUUAAUUUUGUAUUGACUUUGCUGUUAUUAAACUACUGUGACCCUAGAUUGCACUUAGGGCUUCUGGGUAAUACUUGGCAUUUUUUUAACUUGGUACUUGUGAAUGAUCCACCUAAGGAUCAUGGUCUUUACAAAUUACCCUUUAUUUGUAAUGUGCAAAUUUACUAGCCACUUUGGGAGGAGGAUUUAUAUGUGGUUAUGAAGAGCCUUCUCUGUCACCAGAUAAUAAAGUGAUUCUCUUUCAUCAAAAUACAAGUUGAGGAAUUCCAUAGGAUAGUAGCUUUUUAAAAUUGCUUUGUUUUAGGUCUAGUACCUUAUUUGGUAACCAAGUAAAAGGCUAAGAAAUGAACUCAGGAGGGCCUGACAAAGAAGCACAUCUAAGACAGGCACUUAUGUAUUUUUAGAAUCAUUAACACUCCCUCCUGUUCCCUAAACUAUUACUCAUUCUCACCAUUUCUCAUAUUUUAUCUACAUUUUUGCAUUUUACUAUUUGACUAAGGGCUCCUGCUUGGCCAGUCUAUUUUUUAGUAUUUCUGGUCAAUAAAAUUCUUUUUCCCCCUUUCUAUACAAUUUCCAGGACUUAUAACACAUAUGAAAUGUAAAUAAAGACAUUUUCAACUUUCAAAUGUGAAAUCAUUUCUAUUCUUAUACAAUUGGGAGGGGAAAAGUGGGGUAGAUGACAGAAAUGUGACUUUAUUUUCCAAAAAAAAAAAUGUUUGUGCUAAAAGAACACAAUCUAUAAUAGAACUUUAAGAAGGAGCAAAUCAAUGAUCAUUAAUUUCUCCCCCUUUGGGGGGAGAUGUAGAGGAGAUGAGGGCAGGGGGUGUUUGCUUCUAUUAAGGAUUUUAAAUAUUCAUAAAAUAUUUUCUUCCCAGUUCUAAAAGUGCAUUUAGCAUGGAAGCAGAAGUCUUUACCUAUUUCUAAUUGCCCUUUAGUCCUUUCCAGGAGGAAAUGGGAGCUUCAUUAAUCCUCACCUGUGCCUCAGAAAAAGCUCAUACUAAAUCAAAAAAUGCCUUGUAUUUCCCAAAAGAAUUCAAUCAUUCUACUCCUAUCUUUUUCUAUACCCCAGCUGUAAUUUUCACCUAAUGGUAACAGCACUUAUGCUGCGUGAUAGACUAUUGUAUUUAUUGUACCCUCUUCCUCUCUGUUUAUGACUGUACUCAAGAGAUAAUAAAGUGCAGAUACCUUCUCAAUUCAAGACCAUGGACUCAACUUGGGCCCUCUUGCAUUUAGGAGACCCCAGAUUUCACAAUGCUAAUUUGAGAGAUGAGCUGAAAAGGAGGGGUGUCUAGGGAGAACAAUUAUCAGCCCUGGUGCAGCAAACCUUUACUUAUUUGAUGUUCUUCAAUACUGGCCCAGGAUAUUAAAUAUGACUUCUUUAUCUGAGAUGUCUACCUUACUAAAAUAAUUAGUAGAAACUUACCUGAUUUGAGAUGAUUUGUAUAGUAAGAUCCUCUUGGUGAAGAGAGAAAUAGGAUGAACUGGAACAUUGUUAAGGAACAAACAAAGCCUUGAAACAAGUCUUUUUCUCAUUUGUAAACACUGUCUUUAGGACUACUUUCAGAAGUCAUACUGAUUGAGAAAGGAGACAGACUUCAGCUGCUCUAAGUGUCAUAAUUAAUUAUCAUGCAAUAUAGAGGAUAGAACAAUGGAAGGAUCCACAUUUUCCAGAGAUUGGAGCACUUCAAAAAUAUCUUUUCUCCCACCUCCCCUCACAAAAUAUAUGUGUAUGUGUGUAUGUGUGGUCAGUCCCUCAGGAAGACAUGAUGGAAUUUGAGUACUCCAGAAAAGCACAUUGGCUAAUGGAAUAUAGUAGAUUUCAUAAGGAUAGACUCAAAAUUAGUGUUACCAUCUUGAAAGAUGAAGGUAUGUAGACAAGUUGGGCUUAGAUUUAGUCACAAAAUCAAAGAAUAUUAGAAUGGUGGGUAUCCUUAAAUAUAUCAUAGAAUAUUAGACUUGGAAAGGGUAUCUUGGAGAGAUUAUUUAGUCUUAACUCUUUCCCCACCAUUACUUGUAUUUACAGAUGAGGGAACUGAGGUUACUAGGGUCCAAAGCCAAAUGACAGCUAUAGCUUUACCAGAUUUUGGAGCCUGAAGGUCCUUCUCUAACAUUUAUGAACUGUGUGUCUUUGGUCAAUUCACAAUCUCUGAUCUUCAUCUGCUUCUUCAUCUAUCUAAUGGAAAUGCUAUUCCCUUGGGGUUGUUGUGGGCUGAAAUCACUUUUUAAAUCAUAAAGCACUCUAAGAAUGAGUUGUAUGUCAACUGUUUUUAAAACUAUUUUACACAGCAAAAUCAAACAUAAGGAUUUAUUACCCUGAGAGAUUAUAAAGCAGUCAAAAAAGUUUAGAUAAAUCCAUGGAAGAUGAUUCACUGUAAAUCUAAGGUAAUGGUUAGUGUGCAUCCUUAAUUUUUAAAAAUCGAGGUUUCAUGAUUAACAUGGGUGAUAGCCAUAUGAAAGACUUCACAUUUCUAGAUCUCAGUAUCCUCAUCUAUAAAAUGAGUGGGCCAAAUUAGAUGAUCUAUAAGGUCCUUGCCAACUACAAUUUUUUAUGAAUCUUUCAUAAAAUGUCCCUUGGUGCCACUUGGUGUCCAAGACAAUAGAUGGAUCAUGGAUCUGACACUGUAUUAUUUCUUGUGUUCUUAUGAACCAAAGGAUUGUAAAAGUCUAAUGUAGGGAGAUAUUAAUAGUCUUGCUUUUAAAUCUUUUUUUUUUUAAACCCUUACCUUCCGUCUUGGAGUCAAUACUGUGCAUUGGCACCAAGGCAGAAGAGUGGUAAGGGCUAGGCAAUGAGGGUCAAGUGACUUGCCCAGGGUCACACAGCUGGGAAGUGUCUGAGGCCAGAUUUGAACCUAGGACCUCCCAUCUCUAGGCCCCCUGAGCCACCCAGCUGCCCCCACUUUUAAAUCUUUUGAUCAACAGUUUCUCAUUUCUAACUACUACUGCCACUAUUUGCCCAGAUUGGAAACAGGAAAUUUUAUUGCCUGUUGUUUUCCUAAGAUAUUUUAAUGAAAAAAAAAAAAAGGUAGGUAGAACUCUUGGGGUCAGAGUGUAAUGGGGAGAAUUAAUGGAGGAGUUAUACCUCGUAUACUGCCUAGGAUAGCAGGGUAACACUGUGUCUUUGGGGGACCUCUAACAUCUAAGGGAUCAGGUGAAAUAUCAGAAUCAUGAAAAUUAGGAGCAUCCUUAACAUCUUUUAGUUUGACUAAGCCCUGAAAAGCCUUAUCAGACUGAUGUUGCCUAGCCCCAAAUUAUUUAUAUAUUCUUAUACAAUGUUUUUAGGAUGAGAAAGAACAGACAUAAAUAUACUGGGUCCUUUUGUACAAAAAAUAAAACCAAGAGAUCUUCUGCCAAGCUAUUUUGCUUAUCUUCUUAUCCAGGUGAAAGAAUAGCAUAUCUUCUGCCACUGUGAGGUCAAGAAGGUUAUAAGAGAAUGAAAUGUAUAGAUAUUAAUAUCCCAUGAUUGUUACAAAAGUAUUAAAUAUUAUUCAAGUCUUAGAAACUUGAAUCAGAGAACUUGGGUUCAAGGACUGCCUUGAGUCUUUAGGUCUCACAUCUCUCGUCUAUAAAAUGAUGGCUGAGCUAAAUGGACUCUGAGUUCCUUUCCAGCUCAUUAUCUACAAAUCUGAAAGUCCUUCCCCCAACCAAUCCCUUAGAGAUACAUUUUUUUUUAACUUCAAACCUCUCACCAAUGCCCAACCAAGGGCUACAAGGUAUCAUUUCCUUUUUCACUUGUAUUGUGUUUAGGCAUGUUUUGAGUUCAUUUUGGAUGACUUGGAACUGUUCAAAUCCAAUAAAGAACUCUUCGUCUCUGCUUGUCUAUUUACUGCCCCUGAUGUAAUAUUGGACAUUCAUUCUAGCCAUACUGUGACUUCAUGAAGCCUUAAGCACCACAACCUCACCUCAGAGUGCUUUAGGGCCAACUGUAUAUAUACCAUAUAGUGUCUUAAGAGAAGGGCUCUGGAGACGAUAACAGGGGAAAACCAGAAGUCCCCUUAGAAGCUUUGAUGGCUACUUAGAUCUAGGAAUCCAAGGGUUCCAAAAUGAAACAGGUUUAAAAGCACUGAUGCAACCUAAAAUUGAACUCAAGUAAGCAUAUAAUCUUUAUUUCCAAUGGCUGAUGGAUCCCAGAAGGCUGCUUAGGUUAGGCACUUCCAUGGGAUAAACUGAAAAUGGUAUUCUGUGAGGGGUGACUUAGAUAUAUUUUUUUUUGCAUAUAUCAUGAUAUAGGAGAAAGACCUCAAGACUUUGUAAUCAGAAGAUGUAGGCUGGAAUCCCAGCUCUACCAUUUACUCCCUGAGUGACUUCAUGUAGGUCACUUCAUCCCUGACCUCCCCAAUUCCCUUGUCUGCAAAAUAAAGGCAUCAGACUGGAUGGAUGAUGUCUAGGGCCCCUUCAAGCUCUGAAUCUUCUUGAUCUUAUAUUGUCUGUAAUGAAUUUUAAACUGUCAGCAUGGUUGCAGCCAAGGUCAGUUCAGCUGCUCUUAUUCUGUUCAUCAUUCAUCCUCGCUUAAUGUAACUUCUUGCACUAUUGUAAUUGAUCUUCUGUAAUAACCAGUUUAAUUUUUUUAUAUGUGCGUACAUAAUAAAGUCUACACACUGGCCAA